UUGGCAACUGCAUAAAAGAUAAGGCACUUACUGAGUUAAUAUGGAGAGUGGAGAGGGAGAUGGCUGUUGGAUUUGCAUUCACAAUCUCUACGCCAUCCUCCCCUAGAUGAACACCUGAGAUUCACAGAUCUCUUAAACCCUGCAUUUAUUCUCGUGUCCAGCUGUGUUCAUGCACACUCUCCAUGGCCAGUUCAACAUGGGUCUUUCAUAGCAGAAAGGGGCUCAGCAGGCAUGGAGCCUCUCAGCCUGCAGGUGCUGAUGAUUGUAGCAGGGAGCUUCUUGGGCUUCCAGUGGCUGUUCCACAGAGGUAGCCCUUGGGUGUCUGAGAAGCUCUGCAAAGGCUUCCUGAGGCUCAGCCCUACACAAAGGACAGAGUGGAACUCCAGGGCCGUCUCAACAGUACAUGCCUUGGUUGUGGGACUUUUCUGUCUCUACAUAUAUAUCUUAGAUGAACCUAUCCAGAAAGACCCAGUCUGGGGAGAUGCCACACUGGUGAAGCUAAAUGUGGCCGUUACCUCAGGCUACCUAAUCUCAGAUCUCUUUCUCAUGUUUACUUCAUGGGAGUCUAUAGGAGAGAAAUAUUUUGUCAUACAUCAUUUUGCUGCUCUCUAUGCAUACUACUAUGUGCUGAGUCUAGGGAUAUUGCCUUACUUUGCUAAUUUCCGCCUGUUUUCAGAAUUCUCCACCCCCUUUGUGAACCAGCGUUGGUUUUUUCACAUGUUGGGCUACCACAAACUUUCCAAACCGAGUCUGGUUAAUGGUGUCGCCAUGGCAUUUACAUUCUUUUUGGUGAGGAUCGCAGUCAUUCCAGGCUACUACAGCCAUAUGUACAUGGUCUUUGGUACGGAUGACUUCUACCGAUUACCGCUGGGGGGCCGCAGUGCCUGGGUUAUUUCCAGCAUGUCUUUGGAUGUUAUGAACAUCAUGUGGAUGCGCAGAAUCAUCCGUGGCUGUCUCAAAGUCCUUCGCUCGGCCUGGUUGAGAAAAACAGGAGCUGAGAUGGAAACUAGAAAGACAGACUGACAUGGAGAUACAGACAGGAAAUUAACACAUCAGCACACAAACCUUCCAUCUCUUUCAUGUCCAACCUGAUGCUGGAGUGCUAAUGCUAUGUAUAUGUCUUGUUAUUCCCGCUGCUGUAAUGCUGUGGCAUCAUAGUUGUGAGAAACCAUUUAUUAUAUUAAUAAUGACUGACAUGAUGUCAUCUUCAAAUAUGGGCUCAGCUGGAGGAACCCAAUCACAGCUCCUUAACGUUUUAAGUUAUCAGGUGAUUAAGAGACAUGAGACUGAUCACAUGUACAAUCAGGACAACAGUUUGUGGUUGCACUAUUUAUUAUAAAGCUGCUAUUAUGAUCAA